CACCAUCCCGCUUCUUACUCUUAUCUCUAUAGAAUUAUACCGUCAGCGUUAACACUUGACUUCUUCCUUCUUUGUAAACAUAAUGCCGAGCUUUCGGAUCCUAGACAUGGCCGGGCAAACGGCCCAAGGCGAUCGCAAACACCAAGAAGACCGCUACACAUGCAUCAUGCCGGAUGAGUUCUCUCCACCGCAAGGCGCCCAGAUCGCCUAUUUCGCCGUGUACGAUGGACACGGCUCCGACGAAGUCUCCGAAUUCGCGCGCCAAAGUCUCCACCACCGCAUCGCGGAUCGCGAGGAGUUUCGCGCCGGUCAGUUCGACAAGGCCAUUGUGUCGGGAUUGAAGGAUAUCGACGACGAGCUGUACGAGCGGUUUCGCGGCGGGAGCGACGAGUCCGCCAUGUGUGGGUGUACGGUUUCGUUGUGUCUGGUCGACCUCACGGGGGGCAGUCUGCUGGUGGCCAAUCUGGGGGAUUCCCCGGUGAUUCUGGGCACGAAGGAUGGCGACGGGUAUCGUGUUCAACGGCUUUCUCAGCUGCAUUCACCGACUAACGACGAUGAGCGGGAUCGCAUCUUCUACGCCGGCGGGCAGCUGAACGAUGUGAGCGGGGAGGAGAGGCUGGGUGCUGUCAACAUGACGCGCGCGCUGGGGGAUCUGCAGCUUAAGCGGCCGUUGAACGAGGCGACGGUCGAUAAGGGGCUGGAGAUUGUGGCGGGGACCUCGCCGUCAAAGGAUACGGAGGAUGACUUUAUGUCGCGGAUCCCGUCCAUGAGGGUGAGGAGACUGUCUAGAUCUAGUGGUAAGCAAAUCUUGAUUCUGGCCAGCGAUGGCGUCACGAAUGCGUUGGACGACGAGAGACUGGUGAAGCUGGUCGGGGCAAUGGAGAAGGAGGGACAUGCGGCGCGGGACAUUUCAAGGGCGACGAUCGACCUGGUUGGUAAGGAGAAGAAUAGUGAUAAUUGUACCUGUAUCGUGGUGGUUCUGGGGUAUGAGGAGUGAAUUAAAGGCUGGAU